AUGUCACGUUUGAAAAAUCCUAACAAGGACCUUGACAUUGAGUACGAAAGAUUAGAAUCGCUUUCGGGAAUGCAAUUUCUACAGUCUUGGUCGAACGGGCUGGAGCAGGUCUGUCGAUACGACUACGAGUUUGACAACAGUCAGCAAGAGGACGACGUGUUUCAACGAGACAUCGAGGACCAGGAUGAUGCGAAAUCACGUCAGUUCGGCAUCGAGCUCUUCUGCGACGAGCCUCACUCGGACGAAGAGAUCAAGGAGACGUUGAGCUCGCUGACUUCUCUGGUCCUGCGUCCAUCAUCGCUCGCAACGAUGGGAUGGGAGAAGUUCAAUCAGGCGGAGGAAGAGCAUUUCGAAGACGAGCCCUCUCUCUACAGCCUCUGCAACAUGAACAGACUGUAUUCUGAACAAUGGACCCCCACUGCAGCAAGCAGCUCGAAGAACGUUACAAGACCGAGCAACAACAUCUACCAGCAGGAGCAGGAGCAGCAUGAGCACGUCAAUGUGAUCAAGAAGGCAAAUCACGCGCAUGUCUCAAUGUUACAUGUCCCUGCUGUCACUGAAGUUCCAAUCUUGAAGCCUUCGUUCACCGAACUCAACAACCUUCCUGAAUUUUUGAAAUCGAUCGACGCUGUGGGCAGGUUUCAUGGAGCUGUCAAGAUCGUGCCUCCUACUGGCUGGCUGGAGCAGAAUAGCAAGCACAGAGCAACGAAGCUUGACAGUUGGAAGUUCUGUCGACAGUCCAGAGUCUACCUUGACGACCAUGAGUGUGGUUGGUACUCCAUCAAGCGCCAAGAGCAGCAGACUAGCGAUUUUCCAACCGUCAAGUCCUCCCUCGUGCAGAAGAGCGAGGAGUAUGAGGAGUGGCGGGAGGAUGGAAAGACUCUCGAGAUCGAAUUCUGGAGGGACGUCGGGGCGAUAGGGCAGGAGGUUGAGACCGCCCACCAUGAAGAUUUCUCGCUGCUCGAUGAAGGAGGAAGGAACUUUCUUGGAGGGAAACUAAGUCAAGCACAACACCACUCGGUCUCCUUGGGAAUGAGCCGAGCUAGCAAGUCGCUCUUGUUGUUGCACUUUGGAGCCAGCAAGACGGUCUACGUCGUUCCACCUGCCUACAAGGAGAAGUUAGACAAUCUCCCGCAAGAAAUCAACAAAACAUCAUUCGGGUCUUCUCAGAGCCCUUUCUCUUCCAUCUCCCGGGACUGUUUGAUCGACCCUGUGGUUCUCCGCCGGUUUGAGAUUCCGUUCCACAAGACAAUCGUGCAGCAAGGCGAGAUCAUCAUUCACUGGAGCAACUCUUACCACUGCCACAUCGAUCAUGGCUUCAACUGCAGCGAGGUGCUUCAUCUCCAGCACCAUCCCAGCACAGAUCCCAGCAGGCCUCCCAUGGGCGUCAUCGAGAUCGCCAAGACGUCCCUCCCAGCAGACAGCAACGCCAGGGAAGUGUUUGAGGAGCCACUCAAGGAGGAGGCGAACAGCUCGAGCCAGGGAGAAGGAGACUUGGCGGAGGAGUGGGGAGGGGAAGGAGCAAUCCGACGGCGCAGGAAGAGGAAGUAUGAAACGGAUGGUGCCAAGGCUGCUGGUGAGCCCGUGGAGCUUAAGAACAAGAACUGUCACUUCUGUGAGCACGCGCCGAAGCGAUGCUCAAUCUUCACUUGCACGAACCCAAAGUGCGAUCAGAUGUUCUGUGACAAAUGCUGCAAGAAUCAUCUGAACUCUCCUCUCUCUUUCCGCUCUCAGCAGGAAGCCGACAAGUGCGAAUGGAAGUGCCCGCUGUGUCGCAGGAACUGCUGCUGCACCAAGAGUGUCUGCAAAGAAGAUCACUUGCACUGCAAGAGGUACAGAAGAAGGAUGAAGCAGCUCAUCCAAGGAUAUGAGUACUACAUGUGA